AUGGCCGGCGGCAACAAGACGUCGAGCCGCAGCGGCCUCGGGCAGCGCGAGUCCAUCGGCAACCCCCUCAACCUGACCUUGGGGAGACGACCCGUCUCCGCCGCGAGUACGAGACGCGGCUUCAAGGGCUCGGCGCGCGUCGUCCCCCAGCCCCAACAACCAGAAGAAGACGAAGCAGUCACGAAGCAACCGAACGCCCUCGGCUUCACGGCCUGGUUCGAGGAGAAGAUCGUCGAGUACUCGUCGAAGUCGCGGCCCUACGCCAUCACGCGCUUCCGCAAGUGCAUCAUGACCUACUUCCCCGAGGACGCGUCGCUCGGCAUCGAAGAGCCCAAAAUUAAGAACUCCGGCUACAUGGGCGGCACCUACCUCAAGCGCUCAAAGUGCAAGCACGAAUCGGGAAGAGCCUUCACGCCCGGCGACUUCGUCGUCGGCCAGGACAUCAACGUCUACGGCCAGAUCUUCACCAUUGCCGAUGCCGACACGACGACGCGCCGAAACUACCGGAACAUCUACGGCUUCCAGCAGCCCGCCGCGGUCGACAUUCCGGAUGACGGCUUCGCCGAAGAGCGCGCGAGGAAGGGCAUCCCCAAGCCGAGGCACGACCCAAAGCCGAAGCGCGUCGACCACUUGGCCGGCAUGCCGCCGGGCACGCACGACGUGUUGAGAUUCUUCUGCGCCUACCAAGAUGACCGGACGGACGGCGACGAGGACCGGAGGUACGUCCUCCACUUCUUCUUGCGCGACGGGACCGUCGAAGUCAAGGAGUGCAAGACGGAAGGCGUCCAGCCCUUCCCGAACCUGCUGAACCGCUCGAAACUCCCGAAGGACACGUUCUUCAACCCGGACACGCCCAUGUACGACGCGAACCAGCCCAAGCAGGUGUCGUGGGAGGAUCUCAGAUGUGGUUCCACCAUUAUGGUCUGGGGGAGAAGCUUACUACUACUAUCCUGCGACCGCACGACGGAGCUCUUCUACCAGCGCAAGGGCAUCGCCCAGAACCCCAUGCAGGUCGAGGAGGACAAGGGGCCGGCCUUUCCGAAAACUUUACCUCCUUACAACGGUGUGGGAGCGGAGAACGACUUGUACUCCAUGGGUUUGAGCUUACAACCGAAGAUCGUCAAGAGCACGACGGACGAGUUCAAGCGCUGGCAGAUGGCCGACAAUAAAGUACUACGCUUCGAAAUGGAGUUUGCGCACAACGACGUCUCGGACAUGGAUAAACAACGGCGCUUCGUGACGAACUAUAAUCUCGGCGACGACACGAUCAUGGUCUUCGAGCCGCCGAUCCGCAAUUCCGGUCUAGAAGCGGGCGUGUUUUUGGGGAGACAACGAUACAAGAAAUACGUCCCCGACCAGCGCGAGGGCAAGGGCCUGAAGAACCACGGGAGUGUGCUGUCGCGGUGGUUGCGGCCGGCGGACUUCUAUGACGGUGCCAUCGUGCCCUUCGAGCAUCCUUCCACGGGUCGAUUGUUACAAACUUUUAGAGUGAUCGGCGCCGACGGCUUCACGCGUCGCAUCGAGGCCGAGAAAAAGCAGAACGCGGGCGGGCACCUGAAUGUCGUCAUCGAGCAAUUAGCUGAAAGGUUAUGUGCGGCGCGCGUGCAAGUGCGAGAGAUCCUCAAAGCAAAUGACGCUUCCGGACGAGGCUUGCCUUCAGAGGAGUUCAAGCUCAUCCUCAAAGAUUUGGAGCACGCGUCGCAGAAGGACUCCCAUGGUGUCUCGGCCAAUGUCCUGGAUGAGGACGUGCUCGAGCAGAUCUGCUGGACUUAUGCCGAUCCUGAUGAGAAGGAUCUGGUGAGAUAUAAUGACUUUGUGGACGCUCUCGUGUUGAGCGCACCCAUGCCGAAGAUCCCCAAAUUGUCGGCGUGCGGCGUGGCCGGUUCCGCGGCGGUCGCGGCGGCCGGCAAGAACCUCGAGAAGCAGCUCAUCGAGGCGCUGCGGAUGCAGGUCGGCAACGGCGACUGUAACGGGGGCAACAUGAGGCAGUCGUUUCGAAGGGAGGAUCACCAACGACGAGGUUGUGUCGAUGAGGAGUCCUGGUUCCGGGUGUUGAAGAAGCAUAAGGUCCAUGGCGCCUUGACGAUGGACGACACGCGGCAACUGCAGAUGAAGUACACUGAGGUCAGUCGUAUUACGGCGGGCAUCGAGUACGAGCGGUUAUGCGAUAAAAUAUAUGAAGGCGAUUUUGGAGAUUACAUGAAGAAGCUCCUGAUGUCUCUGCCGGAGCGGGGCGACCUGCAAGCCGUGGAUAGGGACGAGUACCGCGCCGCGAUCGCGGGCGGCAACAAGAUCCCGACGGUCAAGGAGUGCCUGAAGAAGACGACGCAUGCUGUUCGACUCUGUGAAGUGACCGGGAGUGGUGUGCCCAUCGAGAACCAGUUGAAUGAACGACUCAAAUUGUGUCUGCGGUCCUUCGCGUCGGCGUUCGGCCGGAACCACCGGAAGAAGAAGCUACGACGUAAUCUCAUGGCCUUCGACACGGCCAAUGCCGGUUCGUGCACGCGCGAGGCCUUCGAGAAGAGCGUCGACGCGAUCAUCGCCGCGGGCUGGUGCGACAUCGACGCCAGGGAUUUAGAUUUGCUCUACAACUACCUCUUCCCGCGGCCGUGGACGCGGCUCGACAACAACGCGCUGCUCGACGCGCUGUGCUCGCGCGACGUCAAGGGCGUCAUGCGCAUGCACCGAAACGCGGAACAACAGGAGGAGGACCCGCGCUUCCUCUUCAAGGGCUACGGCGGUUAG